AUGCUUUGUGUCGGCCUUGUUUGGGCCGAGGCCAAUACUCGUGAUCCAAAUGGCGCCAACAAGAAGGCCGAUGCAGCGAAAGUUGCGAAUUGGCUUUGUGUCGCCCUGAAGAGGCGGCUUCAGGCUUUAGCCACAGAAGGCAUCACAGUCGUUCCAAAUUGGGAGCCAUUGUCGACUUACGCAGAAAAUCGCGUCAUGCCCAGUUUGAAUUCUGCUGAUUUCACAUGCACAUUUCCAAGUGCAUCGAAUGAACUUCCUCUCAGAGCCGCCUUCCUGGAUGCGAUGGAGGAGAAGCUCACCAUUCCAGAAGUGCGGGGUGAAUGGAUGAAGAUGGUUCAGCAGCAAAAUGCUGCUUUCAACAAGGAAGGCAAUCCAUACCGAGCUGAGGGUGAAUCAUCAGGGGCAGCAGCAGCAGCGGCUACAAGCACCAACAAGCGCAAGCUUGAGCCUGCAGAACAGCCACCCACAGGAAACAAGCUGCUUAAGUUGGAUCAUCACAACCAGGGCCAGGCAAUCUUUGAUACCAAUGGUGGAUUGUGGUUUGAAGCAAAAGCUGAUGCUGAUGCUGAGCUCAAUCAAGGUGGCCCUCCCAUUGCACUGAUUUACGGGAACUUCAAGAUCCAGGAGGAAGCAGACAAGCUGCUGGAAAGCAAGAAAGAUGAAGUCAUGCCAAUGGCUUUUGAGAGUGACCAGGACAUUUGCAGCUUCCGGAUGGCAUCAGAUGCUCAAGGCACCUUGUGCACUCUUCGUGACUUCCUGCUGAAGGUCGAGGGUGGAGGGCAGGAUUUGGCCACAUUGGAUGUGGCUUGCCAUGAUUUGGUGGCAAAGGUGAACAAGGACAGUGCUGGUGACGUGCAGAGCCGGACAUUUGAGUUGACCAAGAAGUCCAACUGUGUCUUUCAACCUGUGGCCACACCACGGAAGGUGCAGUCAUCGAAACCCCCGACAUGGGAAGAUGCAGGAAGCCUCAUUGCCGUGGGGAAGACAAUGACACAGCUGGCAGCCGGUGAGAUUCGUGUGGUGCCACAUUGGAUGGUCUCAAACAGCAACCAGGGAUUUGCACUUAAUCCAGAGAAGCCCGGCAUCUAUGUGGCGACGGAUGUGGUGAUCCCCGCGGGCAAGAUCGCAAAGCUCCUUUGA